AUGAAUUAUCAUUUGAUUUCUUUAGUGUUUGCCCUCGCGGGUCAGCACUGCUGGUGCUUCUCAACCGUCCCGAUGAAGAAAACACCUGAGCAGAAGAGAGCACGGCUCGCCCUGCCGAGGGUCACCUGCUCUGCUCGAAGAAUAAAAGCCGUGUUUGGUCCUCUUGUCAAAAACAAUAUACACGUUACAGACAUGUCAGGGGCCACAGUCCCUGUGCCUCAAUCUGAGGGGCCCUGUGGGGUGAGAGUGGGCAGAGAGAAAAACCAGAGCCUCUCCUUCUUCAGCAGAUAUGACAGCUGCUACGCUCAGAUUGAGAGCAGCAAAGUGGUCAUACCUCUGCAGGUCCAGCUGACAGGAGAGGAUCAGUGGUUCAGGGUAAAUAUCAGCUGUCCUCUGAUAAAGAGGUACAGCGAGAGGACUCCACUUAAUCCAACACCGUUACCUGGAAGGUGUGACACAGAAAGAGCUCUGCGUGUGGACUGUGGCCAUCAAACCAUUUCCAGCGAUGCCUGCUACAAACUAGGUUGUUGCUAUGAUGCUCAGGAUUUCACCUGCUACUACAGACUCAAUGCCUGCUCUCUGGAUGGACAUUUCGUGUUCUCAGUAAAGGCUACAGACACAGACCCGCCUAUCACACCCAGCAACCUCAUAGUCAAAGAUCAGCCGCAGUGUUUCCCUGUGGUCACCACCCCGGACACGGCCGUCUUCAAGAUUGGAGUCAUGGACUGUGGUGCAAAGAUGAGGGUGGAUGGAGAUGUUUUGAUCUAUGAGGUGGAAGUGGAGGAGCUGAAUAGUGAACGUAUAACCGAACAUUCUCCAUUUAGUCUCCAGGUCCUGUGUGAAUAUGCAGCAUCGGAUCUGAAGCGUGCAGCAGACUUGCUGUCCUUGUAUGCAGUGACAAACCCACCGCCUGUGGUUGCACUGGGAACCAUCAGAGUGCAGAUGAGAGUAGCCACAGAUGCAUCCUUCACAUCCUUCUUUCCCGAGGACCAGCUUCCACUGACCUUGCCCCUGCGUGAAGCUGCGUAUGUGGAAGUUUCCAUCGCCCAGCCGUCCCCAGACCCCACACUUGCCUUGCGUGUAUGGGAUUGCUUUGCUUAUCCCACAUCUAGACACUCUGUGUGGACACUUCUCUACGACGGAUGCCCAAACCCUAUGGAUAACAUGAGAAGCUCUGUCCCUGUGGACAACCAGGGGAAGACUAGCUCCCACUCCCAAAUAAGGAGGUUUGAUGUCAAGACCUUCGCCUUCGUGGACCCUAAUACAGGCCAUCCAAGUGUGGAGGAAAUGUACUUCUACUGUUGGGUGGAAAUCUGCACAGAUGAUGUUGACUGUGCACAGAGUUGUGCCAUCAUUUCAUCUGAGGGUGGAAGACAGAGAAGAGAGACCAUGUCUGAGUCAGACCAGGUCCACUUGGUGUCCUUAGGGCCACUGUUGCUGGGACAGAACAACUCUGAACUAGAAGACAAUCCAUGUGUGAAACAGAACACAAUGUUCAGGGUGACAGUGUAUACCCUCUCUGGUGUUGGUGCUGCCCUGCUGCUGAUCCUGCUGUUCACUGCACGGUCAAGCAUCGCAAAGUGUCAGAAGACAGAAAUGCAACAAGCUUGUGAUGCGCAAGUUGACAGUGAACAAUGUCAAUAA